AAAAUCAUCUCUAAAGUCACUUAGGCAGUGAGCACUGGAGAAGGGACAGGAACCUAACUGGAAUAGACAAGGUAACUGCUGUACCUCAGCUGUGAGCCCUGUUUUGAGCCAGAGCCCCACAAAGGAUAGACACACACACACACACACACACACACACACACACACACACACAGAAGAGCCAGGCACAAGACACAGAAACAUCAGCAAAUACUAAGUUACUAUAGUGUACCAGCACUGUUCUAGACACACAUACGGCAGUGACUCUGCCCACAGGGAACUCACAAGGACCACAGGGGUCCAAAAGCUAGGAUAUGAGAGUGGGAAGUAUCUGGGUGAAGGUGAGAGGUGCACCUAAAUUGAGGCCUAGAUGCCCACAGAAGGGAGGACCUGAGGAGCAGCCUCCUGAUGGUGAAAUGAGCAAAGCUGAGACCAGAAGGAACUGGGCGUCUUCAAGAAAAAGAGCAAGAAUAUAGCAGUGGAGGGAGUGACAGCAGAUGGGGCAGGAGGAGGUGCGGGCGGUCUGAGACUUCAUUCUGGCUUUAGCCCAGAAGCUUUGCAACAGGGGCAGAUUAAUUCGACCAAGUGUCAGAUUCUGAGAUGAGGGCUUCAGUCUAGCUAGUCAGAAUCCUAGAGACAGAAGACCGGAGGGUGGAGAGGAGGGUAGGCAGCUGUUACAUAGUGGGUGCAGAGUUCCAGUUUUCAGCAUGAUAAAGUCUUCCAGAGCUGGAUGGUAAUGGUGGUGAAUGUCCUUAAUGCCACAGAGCUGAACACUUAGUAAUGUUUGGGAGAGCAAAUUUGAAAUGUGCAGUUAGCCUUCCAAUCUGCAGGUUCCACAUCUGUGAAUUCAACUGACUUUGGAUUGAAAAAUAUUUGGGUAAUAGUGUCUGUACUAAACAUGUACAGCCAUUUUUCUUUGUCAUUAUUUUCUAAACAAUACAGUAAAGCAGCGGUUUACUUGGUAUUUACAUUAGAUUCUGUUAUAAGCAUGCUACAGAUGCAAGGUGUGUGGGAGGACUGUGCAGGUAAUCCGCAGAUACUACUUCAUUGUAUAUAAGGGACUUGAACAUCCAUGGAUUUUUGGUAUCCACAGUGAUCUUUUACCACAAUUUUUUUAAAUUUUGGAGAAAAAAGCCGCUCUGGCUGCUAUAAGAGGUUGAAAGUUGAGCCAAGGAGGCCAGCAGUCAAAGAGGGUGACCCAUGCCACCCCCUGGCAGCGGAUGCUCCCGGAGCAGGCCAGGAAUCAGGAGGACUUGCCAGGAUCUGUGAGGAACCGGCCCCACUCUGGCCAGUGGCUGCCCAGUGAAUGUGAAGGAAAGAAGAGAGAUAGGUCAGCUCCCGAUUGCUAAACCUUGUUCCUGAGCCUCAGCGAACAUAGAUCUUAGAAUACUGAGGUGGACACCCUGGGAGAGAUGCACCCACCUUUGGGCAGAGCAGACUGAGGUGUGGGUGGGGACAAGGAAUGGAAGUUGGAGGCAGGAGAGACACCCUUGGGACUGGAACUGGGAAGGAAACUUGAAAAGAGAUAGCAGUUAAACCCUGAGCUCCAUGCUGCUGACAUUUAGAGGCCCCUCAGGAGAGAGCCGGAGUGAGAGAGAAGAUGGUGACAACCAAUCCCCACUGUUGACCUAGGAAGAAGCCAUGUGCAGGGAAUGUGAGAACAGAGACCUGCAGAGUGGCAGAGGAGGGAAAAGGGCGAGCAAGUAGGAAGAAAUGAGAGCACAGAAUUUUUCUGGGCAGGGGCCAAGAAAGCAGGCAAUGGGGUAUGCACAGUCAGCCAGACACACUGUUGAGAUAAGCAGUGUCACAAGUGGGGAUCGGGUAGGCACGCUGUGACACAGUAACACGCCGGGACUGAGUACCCUUCACACACGGAACCACAGCCAUGUCUGUUAAGCACAGGCGUACCCUGGCUGUAGACCCUACUGACCUAGUUUCUAGAGGCUCGCCCCCCCCAUAGAGACCUUUAUGGGGUGAAGAAUGGGCACAGGGAAAGAGUUUGGGGCCAGUGGACAAGUGGAAGCAGCCUGUCCUGGCAGUGAGAGCCCAUGGCCAUGCCUGAGGCCUUAUUUCUAAGGUAAACGGAGGUUUUGCCCCUUAAUUUCUGUUUCCAGCACUGGCACCCCACAACCACGUGGAAAAGUAGGGGAGGAGUACAAAGUGUGGGAGAGGUGGCUUCUCUACAAGGGCUGGACUGCCCUCUCCCAUGAUGGGUAUCAGGGCUCCCUGGGGAGGGUUCUGCUGGGCAGCCAGCCCAAAUUAGGAGGUGGGGGUGGAAGGGGCAGGGAGACACCUAGCGGGAGCCUGACUACCUUCCCCCAUCUUCUGUGAUACCUGCAUCUCAGCCUGACCCACGCUCCACCCGCUUGUUCUGCUUUCUCCUGAAGUUUUCUGCAGUGCCCCCAGGGGUCAGAGGUCAGGGACCCAUGAAGUUCCCAGAGAAGGAAAUCACCACUUAGCCCAACCCAGGCUUCUAUACCUUGCUUUUUUCUGGCCACUGGUACCCAGGAAAUGAGGUGAGCUUGACAGGCCUUGUAGAGGGGGCUGGCUUCUGUCAAUAUUUGUUGACUGAUGAACAAAUUGAUUAAGUUUGAAUGUCCAGCCCUCUGAGCACUAAGGGGUGGGGUGUGUCCUGCAGGGCAGGAACUGGGAUUGAGUUACAGUGAGCAGAGCCUGGCCCCUUGCCAGGCCCAGCACUGUCCACAGCCAGGGCAAAGGCACAGGAGCAGUUUCCAGCAGGUAGGCCUGAGCAAGAGGGGCUGGAAACCCGAACCAGUGGGGAGGGGAGGGCUGCUCCAGGCCCGGGUGGGAAGCACAGAGUCCCAGGCUCAGCACUGCAGAGCAGAGGCUGACAGAACCUGGGGACAGCGAGCAGCCCGGCAGGGGCAGCCCAGGCCAGGGUGUUACUGCUGUUGAUAGGACAGGGCUACAGUGCAUCAGGGAGAGGAGAGGAGUGGCCACCACACCAGGGCCAUCUGAGACACCCAGAAGUUGACUUCUGCAUCUACUCAGCCAAGCAACAGCAAGAAGAGAAAGUUGCUGCUGGCAGAAUUCGAGAUGAACAUUAACAAAGACCUCCCAGCCAUCGACAGCCAAAGAGAGCUCCACAUAUGGAUCAUUGAGAACCUGAAGAUGGUGCCAGUACCUGAGAGGGCUUAUGGGAACUUCUUUGAGGAGCACUGCUAUAUCAUCCUCCACGUUCUCCAGAGUCCAAAAGGCACAAAGGAAGUAUCUAGAAACCUACACUACUGGAUUGGGAAGGAGGCAGGUGUGGAGACCCAGGGAGCUGCAGAUGCCUUCAUGCAACGCCUGCAAGAGGCACUGGGUGGCCAGAUGGUGCAGCAUCGAGAAACACAGGGCCAUGAGUCUGACUGUUUCCACAGCUAUUUCCACCGUGGAGUCAUCUACAGGAAGGGAAGCCCAGGACCUGACCUCAAGCAUGUGGAGACCAACCUGUACAACAUCCAGAGACUGCUGCACAUCAUAGGGAGGAAGCAUGUGUCUGCUACCGAGGUGGAGCUGUCCUGGAGCAGCUUUAAUAAAGGUGAUAUCUUCCUGUUGGACCUGGGCAAAGUGAUGAUCCAGUGGAAUGGACCAGAGACCAGCAUUUCCGAGAAGUCUCGGGGGCUGGCCUUAACCUGCAACAUCCGGGACAGGGAGCGUGGUGGUCGUGCACAGAUUGGUAUGGUGAACGAAGAGGUUGAAGCCAGUGACCUCAUGCAGAUUAUGGAAGCUGUGCUGGGCUGCCGAGUUGGCAGCCUGCAGGCUGCUAUGCCCAACAAGACUGUCAACCAGCUGCAGAAGGCCAAUGUACGACUCUACCAUAUCUAUGAGAGGGGCAAGGACCUGGUGGUCCAGGAAUUGGCGACCUGCCCACUGACCCAGGACCUACUGCAGCAGACGGACUGCUAUAUACUGGACCAGUGUGGCUUCAAGAUCUACGUAUGGCAGGGACGCAAGUCCAGCCUCCAAGAGAAAAAGGCAGCCUUUAGCAGGGCUGUGGGCUUCAUCAAGGCCAAGGGCUACCCAACCCACACUAGUGUGGAGGUGGUGAACGAUGGCGCUGAGUCGGCCGCGUUCAUGCAGCUCUUCCAGGUGUGGUCUAAGGAUCAGGGCAGGAAAAAGCCUGGCGAGACUGGUAAAUUGAUUCAGGUAAAGCUGAAUGUGGGAAAGCUCUACAGCCAGCCUGAGCUAGCAGCGCAACUCAGGAUGGUGGACGAUGGCUCUGGGAAGGUGGAGGGCCACCAGGCCACAGCAGAUGAGACCAAGGCCCUGAUCUGCAACGCCGAGGAGCUGGACCUCAUGCACCAGGGAGCCCUGGUGCAGGUGCAUGUGACCAUGGGCAGUGAGCCCCCGCACUUCCUUGCCAUCUUCCAGGGUCAGCUGGUGGUCUUCCAGGAGAUUGCUGGAGACAACGGGAGGGGGAAGCCAGGACCUGCCACAAGGCUCUUCCAUGUACAAGGCACUGAGAGCCACAACACCAAGACUGUAGAGGUGCCAGCCCGUGCCUCAUCCCUCAGCUCCAGUGACAUCUUCAUGCUGAUCACAGCUGAUACCUGCUACCUCUGGUUUGGAAAGGGCUGUAACGGUGACCAACGUGAGAUGGCGCGGAUGGUGGUAACUGUCAUCUCCGGGAAUAACACGGAAACUGUCCUGGAGGGUCAGGAGCCUCCCCACUUCUGGGAGGUGCUUAGAGGCCAGGCCCCCUACUCCAACAAGAGGCUCCAGUCUGGGGAGGCCUCCAGUCUCCAGCCACGACUGUUUGAGUGUUCCAGCGAGAGGGGCUUCCUGGUCCUCACGGAAGUGGUGUUCUUUGGCCAAAAGGACCUGGACAAGUAUGACAUCAUGUUAUUGGACACCUGGCAGGAGGUCUUCCUGUGGCUUGGAGAAGCUGCAGGUGAGUGGAAGAAAGAGGUGGUGGCCUGGGGCCGGGAGUACCUGAAGAACCAUCCAGCAGAAAGGAGCCUGGCUACACCCAUUGUGCUGGUCAAGCAGGGCCAUGAGCCUCCCACCUUCACAGGAUGGUUCUUCACUUGGGACCCCUACAAGUGGAUGAGCAACCAGGCCUAUGAAGAAGUGAUGGAGGGCAGCCUGGGAACAGGGUCUGCCAUCUCUGAGAUAACAGCAGAAAUCAACAACUUCCAGCCAUCCCAAUGGCGGGGCAAUAGGAGGGCAGGUCCCUCGGCCUUGCUGGCCCUCAAGGGCUCCCAGGACAGCUCACAGAAGGAACUGGAGUUGGGCCCCAGUGCGAGUACCAGGAUCACCAGCACCAGGACAAGUGCCAGCAGCUGUGUCAGUGACACCAGCUCACCAGUCAGUGGGAAUCUGCCCCAGGAACGGCUGAUGCACCAGGCUGCUGAGGACCUGCCUCCAGGUGUGGACCCUGCCUGCAAGGAGUUCUAUCUGUCCGAUUCUGACUUCCAAGACAUCUUUGGAAAAUCCAAGGAAGAGUUCUACAGCAUGGCCAAGUGGAAGCAGCAGCAGGAAAAAAAGAAGCUGGGUUUCUUCUGAGCCCUGGGGAGAACCUGCUCCCCGCCCCACUUAGAGCUCCCAUCUUCCUUGUCAAUAAAAGCUGGUGGCCUGCACCAGGCAUGGUA